AUGGCUUUCCAGCUUCAACUUUCCAAUGUGGUGUUAAAAAAUUUAUUUACUGGAGGUCUUCGUCCAGAUGUUAAGGAUCGAGCGCUUAAACAUCCUGAUUGGUUUAAGUGUAAGACUGUGGAGGAAAGGCAAGCGGUGGCAAAAAUGGCUUCAGAACAAAUAAUGCAUGUGGUUGCGAAUAGUUCAUCUUUGCCAGUUCAACGUUCCUUUUCAUCUCCGCCUAUUGUCCCGAUUCCCCGUGAUCCAAACGCUAUGGAAGUCGACGUUAACGCUAUCAAUGCUCGCCCAACUUUUCCGCCCUUGCCGAAUGGAAUUUCGUUUCAAUUUUUUGUCAAAUUCUGUCAUGCACGAAAGAUGUGCCAUAAAUGUUUAAAGCUGUAUGACUCUACUCAUCGAACUCCGGAUGGUAAGAGUUUGUGUCCUAACGCUCCUCCGAAGACGACUCAAGAAAUCGAAACUUUUAUGAACUUUCAUCAAUCUCGAGGACCUUCUUCAGUUUCAGCUGUGUCAGAUUUACCUCAACAUAUGCAACGUGCAAAUAAUCAUCGUCAACCUCAUGUUUCAGCUCCUCCUAGAUCUUUUCAAGAUGUGUCUGCUGGCUUUGCUCAAGUCCCGUACAAGGUCCAGUGCCUCUCCAACAUCCUGGGUUUCCGCAAGCGAUGGGUGUUCCAGCAGCGGUAG